GAGAGAAAGAAAGAGAGAGAGAGAGAGAGAGGCAGUGGUUUUGGAUUGAGAGAAAGAAGAGCUGGUUUUAUGUCGGCAAAUUCAUUGGUUGUGAUUAGGGCUCCAUUGAAGCUCUGUAUUUCAUCUGCUCUGUUCAUCUGUUGUUUCUGUUGUUUCACUCACCAUAGGUUUCUCUUUUCUCCUUCUACUGUUUCGAUGCCUUUGAGGCAAAAAAGGAUUUCUUCUGGAGUAAACGGUUUUGGUCGAUUUCACAUAAAACGAUUCUUCAAAUUUUUUGUGUUCUUCGGAGGGCCUGUUACAUAG